GUAGGUAAUGUCCUGGACAGUCUAUUGCUCGUACAUAUCCUAAUUCAAAGAUGAAGCCUCUUCAUGCCGAAUGGAGUUCAUUCAUUACACAACAUCCCAAAAUACGCCAUGAUGAUCAUCAACGGAACAGAGACUUCUAUGACUCUCCAGCCGGCCAUAAAUUUGUUACGGAAGUAUUGACGAUAGAUACAACCAUUCCAGCAAGUGAUGAUCACAACAUUCCUAUUCGAAUAUACACCGCGAAGCGAUCAGAACUCUCACAUGGAGUCGUGAUCUUCUUCCAUUCUGGUGGGUUUACGAGUGGCUCCCUAGAAACUGAAGAUGUCUCAUGUCGGUAUAUGGCUCUAUCCGGACCGCUCACCGUCCUUAGUGUCGAGUAUCGACUCAGUCCGGCAUAUACAUUCCCCGUCCCAGUCAAUGAUGGUUGGGAUGCGUUUCGGUAUAUAGUCACCAAUCUCUCUAGCUUGGUGGCAAACCUCGCUCCCGGAAUGGUCAACAUGGUUGUGAGCGGGACAUCUUCAGGUGGGCAGCUUGCGGCUAUAGUCUCGCAACGUGCGCAAACCUGGAUGAAGGGAAAUAUUUCUUGCGCAAAGAUUACCAUGAGCGGGGUUCUGCUCAGAGCACCAGUGACUGUAAAUGGUACAGAUUCACAUUUUAUUCCUCCUCGGCUUAGAGAUAUACAUAAAUCGUGGUGUGCUGAGUUAGAGACAACCCUCCUCAAGAGACAUGAGAUGGAAGAGAACCAUGAUGCACUUGGAGUUCCACUUAAUGAGAGAAACAGUCCCGAAGCGUAUCCAUUAUGGGGCCAAUUUCAUGGGUUACCAAAAGUAUACAUCCAAAUCUGUGAUGUGGACAUCCUACGGGAUGAUGCUGUAUGCUACGCACAAUCCUUACGAGAUGCAGGGGUGGAAGUGCAAGAGUCCUUGUACCUGGACCUUCCGCAUAUUUUCUGGAUUUAUGCUCACCAUUUAGAUGUAUCAAAGAAGGCUCAAGAAGACUGUGUGCAAGGGUUGAACUGGCUAUUAGCGUCCACUGGAUAAGCAUUUUGAUGCAACAUGCAAGACCUAAUGACAGGUUUACAUCAUUUGCGUAUCUACCUCAAUAUUAUGUAUAAUGAUGUGACAAAUACGAUACGGCUUAACUAUAGUU